CCGGUUUCCCCUGGCGACGCACAACGCGGAGAAGAUGGCGGCGUUGGUGGCGGCCGAGGCGGGCGCUGAGGACCCCGCGGACCCUGUGGACCCGGUGGCCGAGGCGGCCGAGCUGAGCCGCACCCUGGGCCGUCUGCUGCCCGGGCUGGACGCCGACUGCAAAGCGGGACGGCGGCGCGCGCUCGAAGCUCUUCAGCGGGCACUGGAGGCAGCGGGCCCCCCGGAAGCCUUCCAGGGCCCCUGGGCGCGCCUGUUGCUGCCGCGGUUGCUCCGCGGCCUGAGCGACCCCGCCGAGGGCUGCCGCGCUCUGGCCGCGCACCUUCUGGAGCUGGGCCUGCUCCGCGCCGCGCACCCCCGCGACGCCCUGCCACGCCUGCUGCCUGCGCUGACGUCGCGCCUGCUGCCCGCGCCCGGGACCCGCCGGCCGCCCGAGGGCUGCGAGGAACUGCGCCUGGCGCUCGUGCAGCUGCUGCGCCUGGCCGUUCGCCUCGGCGGGCCCGCGCUCGCGCCGCUGCUGGACGACGCCAUAGCCGCGCUGCGUGCCGCCCUGCACGACCCGUUCCCCGCCGUGCGCCGCGAGGGCUGUCAGUGCGCCAGCGAGCUGGCGCGGGCCACGCCGGACCAUUUCCACAUGCAGGCCGAGUCCCUGGUCAGCCCACUGAUGCAGACCAUCGCCCACCAGCACUGGAAGGUGCGGGUGGCUGUCAUCCAGGCCACAGGCACUGUGGUCCAGUUUGGCGACGGCAAGUUGGUAGACGAGGUGCUGCCCCACUUCGCCCAGCGGCUCUUUGACGACGUCCCGCAGGUGCGCCAGGCGGUGACGAUGGUGGUAGGGGACUGGCUGCUGCAGCUGCGGGAUCGUUACUCUUUCCUCCACAAGCUCAUCCCCCUGCUGCUCAGCAGCCUGGAUGACGAGGUUCCCGACAUCGCGCAUGCAGCUGCCAGCCUCUGGGAGCAGGUGGGUCUGCAGUGGCAGCAGGAGAAUGAGGAUGACCUCAAGGACAAGCUGGACUUUGCCUCGCCACCUCCCGCCCACCAUCCCUCACCCGAGAGCCGCCCGGGGCUGGGCUGCCGUGAGCUGGUCUUCAGAAACCUGUCCAAGAUCCUACCGGCCAUCUGCCACGAUGUGGGCGACUGGGUGGCUGGCACACGGAGCAAGGCGGCACGGCUGCUAGCGGUACUGCUGCUCCAUGCCGAGGACCACGCAACACAGCACCUGGAACCUCUCCUGCGCACCCUGCGGCUGGCCUGCGCCGACCAGGAGCCUGCUGUUGUGGCCGCUGGUAUGCGUUCAGCCGAGCUGCUGGGCACCUUUGUCAGCCCCGAGGUACUCUUCAAGCUGCAGCUGCCUGCCCUGCGGAUGGCACCUUCCCCCUCGGCUCUGCGGGUCCUUGUGGGCAUCUUGCGUGGCUGCCCAGCCCCCAUCCUGCACCCCCACGUCAAGACCGUGGCCACAGAACUGGCCAGCUCCCACAUCUGCCAAGCUUCCCAGGAGCGUCCCUAUGGGGAGCAGCUUCUGAUGUGCCUGCAAGCCCUGCUGGCCGUCUGCGGGGGGGACACAGGGGACGCAGGGCUGCCACUCAUGCAGCUGCUGGUGGCGGUGACGGCGCAGUGGGGCAGCUGCGGCCUGGAGGACCAGCCGCUGCUUCCCCAGGUGGCCAAGACCCUGGACCUGCUGGCUGCAGCAGAGGGCGUGGAUGGCAGCCGGGGGCUCUACGGGCAGCACGUGGGUCCCCUCCUGGAGGGGCUGAUCACCUCAGCGCAGGACUGGACAGGAUACUCGGCCGAGCUCCUGCAGCUCAGCGUGGUGCUCACCCAGGCUGGCCCAGCCCUGGGUGAGGUGCUGCCCCAGCUGAUGCCCCUGCUUCGAGGCUGCCUGCAUCCUGCCCAGGAUCCCCAGAUGCGGCUGAAGCUCCUGUCCUUGCUGGCCCAGCUGCUGUUGCAUGCACCUGAGACCCUAGACUCCCAGGGGCAGCUCCACAGCUACCUGGACUCCGUGGUCAGUGACAUCCUGGGCCCCAACCUGCAGUGGCGUGCAGGGAGGACGGCCGCAGCCAUCCGCACAGCUACUGUGUCCUGUUUGUGGGCCCUUCUCAGCAGCCAGGCCCUGACAGCCCAGCAGGUGCAGGCUAUGCAGGACAGGCUGCUGCCUCAGGUGCUGACCACCCUGGAGGAGGACACACAGACUGCCCGGCUCCUCUCCUGCCACAUCCUCUGCGUCUUCCUGGAUCGCUCAUCCAGCCCUGCUGACCCAGAGCAGCUCCUCAAGAUAUACCCAGAACUCCUGAAGCGGCUAGAUGACGCGGCACAAGAGGUACGACUGGCGGCCGCUGGCUCCCUGGGCUCCUGGCUGCAGCGUGUGGCCAGUGAAGGCGGUGGGGCCUCAUUCCAGAGCAGCGUCCAGUUCCUGUACCAUGAGCUCCUUGUAUACCUGGACGACCCUGAACCCACCAUCCAGAACGCUGUGCUAGGCAUCCUGAAGGCAGGUGCUGGGCUGUUCCCCGAGCUCCUGGCGCGAGAGGCGGAGGCAGUGGCCCACAAGCACCGCUCGCCUGCCCUGUGUGAGCAGCUGCUGCAGCAUCUGGACACCCUGCUACCCAGCCCCAGAGGCCCAGACGGGGUCCCUGCCUGAGUGCAGCCUGACCAGCACACUCAGAGACAGGUCCACCAGAGCUCUUGAUUUUGGUUCCUAAAGCAGCUGUGACACCACCACCCCGCCCCACCCCGCCCACCUGCAGCCAGCAGACCCCGAGUGCGGCCUGGGGAGACGCCUCCCUGCGCUGGAUCCCGGGUGGACGCCAUGUCCAGACCGGCCUCCUGGUCACGUUGACAGUGUUGGCGGUGAGGGGAAGCCCUGCCUGCUCUGCUCCCUUUCCCACCCAAGUGCCUCUGGGCUUCCCCCAAGUGGAAGUCCUUUCCACAAGCCAAAUAUUUGUUCCUGCAGGGAAGAAAAUGCUGUUUCCCAGCACUCAUGUUAACUUCUAUGCAUCAGCAUUUGAGAAUUUGAUUAAACUAUUUAUUGUA